AUAUAGUAAGAAUUUCAAGACAAUUGGAGGUUCAGAUCAUUAUCCCUCAAAAAAACAAAAAAAAAAAGUAAAAGAAAGAGAAAAUUGGUGGGAAAAUGGCGUUGAAAAUAGGGGGGUUGUUAGAGGUGUGUUUGGUUGUGGUAUUAUUGGCAACAAUUGGUGGGAUUCAAGUAGAAGCUGAGAAAGAAGAAUAUGUGAUUACAUUGGAUCAUUCCAACUUCACUGAUGUUGUUUCCAAACAUGACUUUAUCCUUGUUGAGUUUUAUGCUCCUUGGUGUGGAUACUGCAAACAACUAGCUCCAGAGUAUGAGAAGGCUGCUGCAACACUAAGCAAGCAUGACCCUCCAAUCACCCUCGCAAAAGUUGAUCUUAAUGAAGAUACAAACAAGGAGCAUUUUAAGUCCCAGUUCGAAAUCAGGGCCUUCCCAACACUUAAAUUCCUAAUAAAUGGAGGCAAAAUUGUCCAUGAUUAUAAGAAUCCACCUCAAUCAGCAGAUGACAUUGUUCAACAAGUCAAGAAACUACUUGGUCCUGUCUCUGCUGAAAUCAAAUCUGUCAAUGAUGCUUCUAAAAUCAUCGACCAAAAGAAAGUUUUCAUUGCAGGAGUGUUCCCAAAGUUUGAAGGGGAGGAAUACGGAAACUUCAUCAAGUUAGCUGAGAAAUUGCGGUCUGAUUAUGAGUUUGGCCAUACAUUGGAUGCUAAGGUCCUUCCAAGGGGUGAUUCAUCUGUCAAGGGGCCGGUAGUCAGAUUGCUGAAGCCAUUUGAUGAUCUCUUUGCAGACACCAAGGAUUUCGAUUUGGCUGCCUUAGAGAAGUUUGUCCAAGAGGAAGAUGUGCCUUCGGUUAUCCCAUUCACCAUGGAUCCUAGCAAUACCUACCUUCGUAAAGCCUUCUCCGGUGAAAACACCAAGAUCAUGAUGGUUUUGGACUUCAAGAGUGAGAAUGCUGCCGCUUUGAAAUCCAGGUUUAGUGAUGCCGCUAUCCUACUCAAGGGGGAUAAUAAAUACUUCCUAGUUGGUGAUCUUGAAUCUAGCAAAGAUUUACUCAAGCACUUCAAGCUCGAAGAUUCUCAUGCUCCUCUCGUCUUUAUACACAAGACUGAAGCUCAGAAAUAUCUUAAGACAAAUGUGGAACCAGAUCAGCUUGCUCCUUGGCUCAAGAAAUUCUUGGACGGAAAGUUAGAACCAUUUUUGAGAUUACAACCUAUUCCUGAAGAAAACAAUGAGCCUGUUAAAGUUGUGGUUCUUGAUAGCUUGCAGGACAUGGUUUUCAACUCUGAGAAAGAAGUUUUCCUAGAGUUCUAUGCACCUUGGUGUGGUCACUGUAAGAGCCUUGCUCCAAUUUUAGAUGAAGUUGCUAUCUCAUAUGAAAAGGACGCUAACAUUAUGAUUGCGAAGUUUGAUGCAAGUGCAAAUGAUGCCCCAAAAGACACUUUCAAUGUUAAAGGCUUCCCAACCAUGUUCUUCAUAACUAAAAGCAAGGAGAUAGUCGAGUACAACGGAGGUAGAGCAAAGGAAGACAUUGUUGGGUUCAUUGAGAAACACAGGACGACUGAAAAGAACAAGAGCGAGGCCGGGAUCAAGAGUGAACCCGAGAAGGAAAACAACCAUGUUGAUGAAACAGUUGCAUCCAAGGAUGAAUUGUGAAACACAUAAUUCAAAUGUUUCAUUUAUGGUUAAUUUUAUCCCAUUUUUCUUGGCCCUUUUAUCUUCUUUUCCACUCUAUUGUCAUUGUAAUAAUGAAUAAAGAUCCAUUGGAAGAAGUUGAAAAGAACUAGAUGCAAAUCAGUCUGUACAUACUUUGCAAGGUAAUAAUCCGAUCGAGGUGGAGAAUUUAGUUCAUUCACAAGUUACAA